GUGAAAUAGAGCCAAUAAGUGCCACCUAACAACCUAAUUAGUUUUAAUUUACAAGUGUUGCUUUAUAAUGUUUUAAUUUAUGAGGUGAAGAGCAACAGUACACACGACCUGGGAGAUCAUAACUUGUACUUUUUCUAAAACUUUAGCUCUGUAAAAUGAGUUCAUUCACUUCAAAAAAGGCCCAACUCCAAAGUUCUUAUGUUACAUCAGGUGUGCAAAUGUAGGACCAGUAAAACCAGUUCACUGCAGGCAACACCCAUACUGGCAACCUCAUGAUUCCCAAUCAAUUUGUGCAGCAGGAAUUCUGUUACUAGUUUGAUUUGAUUUGAUUUGAGCUGUUGAAUGAUAAAGAAAUUACUUAGUAAAAAAUAAUUUUAAAAACCCUGUCUGUCCACAUUUUGAAUAUUCCAGUUUGGAAGGUUUUAAUGCAGUUUUCUCAAGACAGGAAUGUUCUUUAAAUAGUUCUAGUUAAUUUCUGUUGUUGAUAAUAUUUUGGUGAUGAAGGGUCUGAGCCUUCCAACACAGGGAUCCAGGAAAGAUUUUUCCUGCAAGGAUUUUGUGAGGCUUUCUUGGUUCUGUGUGGGUAAAUCCAUGGCAGGGUAAGGAGUAAGUUGGAGGCAAGUUUAUUUACACACAAAUCAAUGCCAGAUUUCCCAGAAAAUAGCUUGAAAUUAAUUUACUUUCACUUUUUACUGCUCCCAGCCACCCUCUGCUUUUAUUUGAUUUUCCCAGUGAAAAUUCUCUGUUAUUUGGAGUUAUUUUCCUUAUUAAUUCCUAACUUCUUAAGCAGCACCUUAGUAUCAAAAUUUGGGGAAUUUCAGUCAUCAGGGAAUUUUAACCUAAAGUGAAUUUUUAAAAUGAAAUUAUGGGGAAUGAAAUCCUCAGUAAUGUUUGAGGGUAAAGAUUCCCAGAAUAUUUCAGAAAAUGCAUUCUGGGUUUAGAUCUUGGAUUUAAGAGCUUCUGGAGUAAAUCUUCUUUGGGCAUAAGGAAUUCUAUUUUUAAGGAUGACCAGAAAUAAGGUCAAGGAAGGGGAGCUAAAAUCCAGGUUUGAAGGUUAGAAAUGAAAUUAAAAUACCAGAAUUAGGGUUUUUUGAUUCUCCCUUCUCAAAUAUUUGUGGAACUGCCCAGGGAUUUCAUCAGGUUGCUUUUCCCUGGAAGGUCAUUUGGCUUCUGUGCCUUUCUGAUCCAUUUGAGAGCUGCUCUAGGAAUCCACUCAGACAGUGGGAAUGUUUUCUGGGAUUGUUUUCACAUGUCCAGCUCCAAGUAUCUGGUGGUUGUGGGAGAGGGGGGAACUCAUGAAAAGGAGGUUCUGCUCUCCCUGUUGCACAGCUCCAGUUUGGGUUUUAAAUGGGAAUAAAAGAAGCUAAACCAGAAGAGCCUUCCUGCCUUGGCACUUCCUUGAAAAAUAACUUACUUUCCAAGAAAUGGUGUAUUUGACCAUUAUCUUUUCAAUCCAUAUUUAUCCAGUUGGAUUUUUCCUUCUUUUUCCUUUUUUUUUCCCUUUUCCCACCCCCUUUUUUACAUUCUUGAAGCUCAGUCCUUGGAAAAUGCUUUAAUGUUGUGGAAAGAACUUAGAGAUUAGAGGGCUUUUGCAAUCUUCCCUCUGCCAUGCAAUCCAAGGAAUCGUAUUACUGAGACUGGUUUACCUGGAAAGUUAUUCCAGUCCUGGAUGCAUCCCAAAAGUGGAAAUCCAUGAGUGUAAUUCCCAUAGGAACUGGGACAUGGGAACAACUUGUGUCUGGAAGAUGGAGAGCUGGAAGAUGGGGAAAUAGAUGAUGCAGCCUAUGAGGAUGUCAAGGAACACGGCUCGAAAGGGGAGGAUAAACAGAAAAAUGAGAAAGGCCAUCGGAAAUCCCGGAAAAAACGCAAAAAAGAGAAGGAAAAGAAAAAAUCUAAAAGGAGAAGACGGGACAAGCAUAAGCAUAACUCCCCUUCCAGCGAUGACAGCUCCGACUACAGCCACGACUCUGACAUGGAGCGCACGGAAAGGCCCCACAAGAAAAGCAGCAGCUCUUCCUACAGGGAUUAUGAUUCCUCCUUCAGUCAGCAUGGACACGUGUCAGGGAAUUACAUGAGUUCCCAGAAAAUGCAGCACAAAAAAAAUGUCAAAAGUAAGGAAUAUGACAACUACAGUCAUUACAGUGAUGAAAACUUUGGCAAUUACAACGAGGAGGAAAAGGAUGAGGAUUUUGCUGACCAGCUCAAACAGUACAGACAAGCUAAAGAGACUUCCAGUGGGGAUUUGGGACCUCCAUUCCCAAAGGAACCAGUGAAGAAACAGGGCAUGAAAGGGAUCCAGAAAGGUUAUUCCUGUUUUCCAGGCAUUUCCCAACGAGGGAACAACUACAAUGUUGGAAGAGGGCGUGGAAUGCAAAAGAAACUGAAGCGCAAAGAUCGUGGCAGGGGCAGAGGUGGCAAUAAAGGAUCCGAUGGCUUCCAUGAGGAUGGCAAACCAGUGAAGAAAUGGGUUAAUAUGAGCCAGGAGUUCAUCAACCAGCACACAGUGGAGCACAAGGGCAAGCAGAUCUGUAAAUACUUCCUUGAAGGGAGGUGCAUUAAGGGAGAACAAUGUAAAUUUGAUCAUGAUGCAGAGAUUGAAAAGAAAAAGGAAAUCUGUAAGUUUUACAUCCAGGGUUACUGCACCAAAGGAGAGAACUGCAUUUAUUUGCACAAUGAAUUCCCCUGCAAGUUCUACCACACAGGAGCAAAGUGUUAUCAAGGAGAUAAAUGCAAAUUCUCUCACGCGCCCCUGACUGCAGAAACCAAGGAGCUGUUGGAUAAGGUUUUGAAUAAUGAGGAGGAACCCCAAAAUGAAGAUGAGAAGGAGCUGGAGGAACUCCGGAAGCGGGGCAUUGUUCCUCUUCCCAAACCCCCACCGGGGGUCGGUCUCCUGCCAACCCCUCCGGAGCAAUAUCCCUUCUCCGAGUCUGACAUGGAAAAUUACCAAGAUCCUUCAGGAGAUUAUAAGAAAAUCCCAUCUCUUUUUGAAAUCGUUGUGAAGCCCACUGUGGAUUUGGCACACAAAAUUGGGAAGAAGCCACCAACCUUCUACAACAGCGCGUCACCCCCGCGGCCGCCGUUCCAGGGCAACGACCCACAUUCCCAGCACAUGUACAAUCCAGGCUCGAGUCCAGGGCCAGGUCCUGGCAUGUCCCAAGGACACAACGGGCCCCCGAUGCACCCCGGUUCUCCUGGGCACCAUCCCUGCGGAGGCCCCCAAGGGCCGGGAAUGCCUCAGAGCCCCCCCAUGCAGGGCGUUCCUCCAGGGUACAUGGGCCCGCAGAACCAGACUGGAAUGCCCAUGCAGGGGCAGCAGGGUGGGCCACCCCUCACCCCUCCGGGGAUGGGAGGAUCCUACAAUUCCCCUGGAGUGCAGGGACACAUGGUGAACAUGCCAAGGGACAAUCACUGCCCCCCGGGGCCACAGUACCAGCAGAUGCCUGGCGAGUACGAGCCCAUGCAGAACCCGGCUGACUUCUACGACAACUAUUAUUCCCACCAAGCUGUACACAACUUCCAGCCAGCCAAUAAUUCUGGAGAUGGAGCAUGGCACGGAGAAUUUACGGAUCACCAGGCUCACCUCAUGGCUCCAGAGUCCCAUCCAGGCGGGAGCGAGUCAGACUGCAUGGGUGGCCACAUGGGCCACAACCAGGGCAUCAACGUGCCCGAUUUCCUGCCGGCCAUGCAGAAGGCCCUGUAUGUGAGGCUCAGCCAGAAGCACCAGCGGGAUGGAGACUCUGCCAGCAGCCAGGGCCAGAGGGCCAUGAGCAAAGAUGAAGAUGACAAUGUCAACUGGUAUUCCAGUAGUGAGGAGGAAGAGGGGAGCAGUGUUAAAUCAAUCCUCAAAACCUUAAAGAAACAAAGCGAAAACUUUAGGAAUCGGCAACAACAUUCCACGGAGCAGCACAUGCUUGGGAUGCCAACGGAUCCCAGGCUGGCAAAAGACAAAGGUGUGGGGCCUCAGGCUGCUGACCCGAGACUCCGGGCCUCUCCAAGGCCCAAUCCCAGGAAGCCUUCGGAGUCGGCAUCCCUGGAUCCCCGGCUGGCCCGUGAUCCGCGGAUGCACAAGGUCAGCGAGGGCGGCCAUCCCGGCCCCUCCCUGGCUGGGGCCAAGCUGGAUUUGCACCACGCCCACGCCGGAGUGAAGGUCAAGCAGAAAGGGCUGGAUGAUGACGAGGAGGACUCGGAGAGGGAGCUGAGGGAACGAGCUUUCCUCAUUCCCUUGGAACCUCUGCCGGGCGUCACGUUACGGGAUCCCCGCUCCCAGCUGCGGCAGUUCAGCCACAUUAAGAUGGAUGUGACCCUGAUGAAACCCAACUUUGCCAAGCACAUUGUGUGGGCCCCCGAGGACUUGCUCCCAAUCCCUCUGCCUAAACCCGACCCCGUCUCUUCCAUCAAUUUACCUCUCCCUCCACUCAUUGCUGACCAGAGACUGAAUAAACUGCGGAAUUUGAAGAACGAUCCACACCCCAACGCGAUGCCAGCUGAUCCCCGGCUCGCUGCCAAGGCCAAAAACAGCCUUGUGGGCCGGGGUGGCUACUUGGAUCCACCCACAGAUUCCCAUGCCAGUAGCUCCAGCAAACUGGGGGAUCCUCGCUUGCAAAAGAACGUUGAUCCCAGACUCCACAGACUGUCGAGUGCAGACACUCACCACGGAGUCGGGAAGGAUUCCCACCCUCCCAAGUUUGACCCCCGGCUCGCCAGAGCUGCUGCCAGCUCAUCCCAGCCCUCAGAAGCCACGACUCCAAAAUCCGACCCCGAUGCUCUGCCUCCCUAUGCGCCCAAAUUAUCAUCCAGUGGCGUUAGGCUGGGAAGUCCCGGCUCCAUCCUGAGUGGGAUCAGUUUGUAUGAUCCCAGGGAUCACAGCUCAUCCUCGGACACGGCUCCAGCCAGUUUGGGAGAGAAUGGAGAGAACCAGAAAAAAAGCAUUUUGAAAAAUUCCAGCAAAAAUGAGCCGAGUCUCGCGGAAGAUGCAUCCCAGCAGAAGGCUGCCUCCAACACGGAAAAACCCACGGAAGGAUCAGCGGAAGCUGCUUCAGACAAGGCAAACAGCACCAGUAAAUCUCAGGCUAAACACUCCAGCGCUGCCCCUGCCGUCCAUAAUCUCCCAAUCCAGGCUCUGUCGGGGUUAAUCCGGCCACAGUACAGCGACCCCAGGCAGGUGAGGCAGCCCGGACAGGUAACGCAGGCCCCGGAGAGCGAUCCCAACGGGGAGUCGGAUGAUAAAUCCUUAAAAGAUGUUUUCAAGACUUUCGAUCCAACUGCUUCCCCUUUUUGUUAGCAGACAGCUUUGGAGUCUUUUUACCGUUGUGGGUAUUGCAGUUCUCUGCUGUUUUGUACCUGGGUUACCUCUUUUGGCUUUAUUUAUUUUUAAAUUAUAAUUCCCACCACUUUUCAGCUGCUAAUCUCCGAACCACACGCAGUUCUCCAGUACGCUCGAGUGUUUGCAAAGCUGUGGUAUUUUCUAGAGAAUCCUUUUUCUUUCCAAUUUCAGGGAGACUAAUAAUUGACCUGUAGAAAGGAAACCAAUCCCCCCGGAUCGUGUUAGAGCUGAAAAAAGCACUUUCAUUGUAAAUAAGUCAUGGAAAAUUCCCAGAGCUGUAUAUGUGUGAGCUGCCUCUUUCCCAACCACCACUUAGAUCCGAUUGCCACAUUUGUAUAGAUCCAAGCAAUAUUAUGUACAUGAAUUCCCGGGAGAGAUGCCGUUCCAGGACUGCCAAACCCCUGAACUGAUGGAAAACCUCACGGAAAUGAAUUCAAAGGAAAGCGUCGCUCCUCCUUUUCCAAUGAGUUGAUGUAAGACACGGACAGUUUUUAUUCCUGCAGUCAAUAUUAGUGUAAAAGAGACUAUAUCACAUAUUGAGGAUGAAAAAUGUCAUAUCUUUUAAAAGUAUUUUAUUCUAUGCUGUACAUAGAAGAAAUUGUGAAGUACAUAACUAGCAAAAGUAACUGUUCGAAGUGGAGAAAACUACAUUGUCUAAUACGGAAAAAAAAAGGUUUUUAUUUAAUUUUUUUCCACGCCUACACGAUUGGGAUUUAGUGCUCCGAGUUCCAUUGUGGUGUUCAUGUAUUUCAACGUAUUUUUGUAUUCAGCUGCUUAAUUUGUAUUGCUUUUUUUGUAUGGCUGUAACUGCAGUACUUGUAUUCAUGGUGUCUCGACGACAUUUUUAACAAAACAAUUAAAAAGGGUACAGUUAA